AUGGAAAGUGAAAGUAUACAGCCUUUAAGCAACUCAUGUCCUCAUGAGUUGAAAAAAUCGGUGGAUGCCAUUAAUAUUUUGCUUGUAGACGAUGACACAACGUGCCUUGCCAUUGUUGCAGCCAUACUCAAGAAGUUCAAAUACGAAGUUGUGACGGUCAAACACGCGAACGAUGCUUUGUGCACCCUCCGAUUAAAGGGUGGAGCGUUCGACCUUGUCGUGUCUGAUGUACACAUGCCGGAUAUGAACGGAUUUCAAUUACAACAAGCCAUUGCUCAAGAAUUCAAUCUCCCUGUAGUUUUGAUGUCGGCUGAUGAUAAAGAGGGUACUGCCUUAAAGGGCCUGGAAAACGGAGCUGCAUUUUUCAUAUACAAGCCCGUAUCUCCGGAUGACGUAAGGGAUUUAUGGCAAUUCGCGGCCAUGAACAAGAAGAGCCAAGUUGUGAUCGAGGAGGAGGAGGAGAAUGAAGAAGAUGAAAGUAAUUACCAGACGAGAAAAAAAAGGAUUCGUAACGAUGAUCUCACGAUAUCCGUAUCUGACGAUAGUGCGACUAGUAAGGACUCGAAGAGAAAAUCUCCUAGGAAUGAUGGCUCGGACGAAAAAAAGGGAGAAACUACUUCUCAAUGCGCAAAUUCGCAAAAGAGGCCGAAGAUUAUUUGGACUAAUUCGCUACACAACCGUUUCUUGGAGGCUAUCCGGAGCAUUGGCCUUGAUAGAGCUGUUCCAAAGAAAAUUCUUGAAGUGAUGAAUGUCCCUGGGUUAACUAGAGAAAAUGUAGCAAGUCAUCUGCAGAAAUACAGGAUUUUCCUAAGGAGGGUCUCAGAUGCAAGCUACAAAAUCCAAUAUUCCCCUGAUAACAAAAUUUUAAAUAGAAACUUACUCAAAUCAAACAUUGAACCAUCAUCAUCAACAGCAACCCCUUCAACUCUAAUCCUCAAUGGACUCAACAAUUUCCCUUACCAAAAGCCCCCACAAUUAUAUAUUCCUUCUCCCCUGUCCCCAAAUUCCGAAGCUUCGUUCGGACUCGGACAAUCACGGUUUCUUACCAACAACCUAAGACUAAACAUCGGCAAUGCUGACCUCAUCAAUCACAAUGUCGAUCGUCCGUAUAUCCACAAUAGUCUACUCACUCCCAAUAUAACAAUGGAGGAUCUCUCGAGUGCCCUUUCGGCCACUUUAAACCCCGACACAAACUACCCGAAUUUAGUGCACCCUACAAACUAUGUAGGGUACAACAUAGCGAAUGUGGAACACCACGGAGAACCAGGUCCUCGUGAGGAAUGCGAAGGCUUGAAUUCGAAUUCGAGUUAUGCUAUAAAUUUGGGCGGCGAACGGUUUAACAUUGGAGGAGGUGGCAUUGUUCAAACAUUGAACGAUAAUAAUAAUACAGAAGACGUGGAUGACAAUAAUAAUAAUAAUGAUUCUACACAACUGUCCGAAAAUAUACAUAUGCAUUCUAGAGUGGGAAUACUAGAGUCACCUUAUAGUCCAUUUUUCUAUAUGUCUCAACCUGAUUUUGGCUCGACUUUGGAAGAUCACGCGCAUGUUCCGAAUCUGCAGCAGCACAACGACGACGAUUUUCUGGAAUCUCUGCUUGCCCCUUUUGGAGAAGAUCCAAGCUUUGAAGGAAUAGAGCAAUAA